AGCCCGGUAACAUGAUCGAUGACAUCUAGAGAUGACGUACAUCGUCCUUCUUCCUCGCUUGCUUCGCCUGAAGUUCCUGUGCCGGUCGCUGAUACCAAACCAAAGUCUUCUUCCUUGGUUUCCUCGUAGGAAUGCCAUCAUCUUCUUUAUAAGAAGAAGACUCCACAUCCGAUCUCCCAACUUCAUUCGGUUUGGCUCCCCAUAAGUCCAAAUGGGUUCGGACUGGAUUCAUCAGUCCUCUCCUGGCCUCGACCUCCGCGUCGGCCCUCGUCGGUCUCCCGACCAAGCUCCGGCUGGAGUUCUAGAAGCCAUGCUGAAUCAGAUAAGCGAAGAGAACAGGAGGCUUACCGAGAUGGUCAGCGACAUGUACACGAACCAUAGCGCUCUCCGCCGACGGUUGUCUUAUCUCGCAAGCGUAUCUCCAUGUGAGAAGGGAUCAGCCUCGUCGAAGAGGAAGAGGGUCGACUGCCAGAAGCACGCUGCAUCCGAUGACGAACAUGGGUGCAAAAGAUCGAGAGAAGAUGCCAUGACCAAGACGUCGAAGGUUUAUGUGCGAACCGACCCGUCCGAUCCGAGCUUGGUGGUGAUGGACGGGUACCAGUGGAGGAAGUACGGGCAGAAGGUGACCAGGGGCAACCCCUCCCCCAGAGCUUACUUCAGAUGCUCCUUUGCUCCUUCAUGCCCUGCGAAGAAGAAGGUUCAAAGAAGCGCGGAAGACAAAUCGCUGCUGGUGGCCACAUACGAAGGUGUACACAACCACAAACACCCAUCGCUGGAUGAAGUCUAUACGGUCAAGUGUCCAUCGCACAUCAACUCUUCUGCCCCGUCGAUCGAUCCGGUCGUCACGCGACAACCUGACGUCGAUAGGGGUCUCGGAGAGAUCGAAUCGCCCAAGUUUGACAGAGCGCUGGUGGCGACGUUGACCAAAGACCCAAACUUCACUGCUGCUGUCGCCGCAGCAAUAUCCGAGAGAAUCCUUCGAGACCCACCAGCUUAACACUGGGCAUCGAGUGCGUAACGAAGGAUGUUUAUAUAUUUAAAUUACUGAUAACUUAAUCCAAAAACUCU